AUGAUGGCAAUUAGUCUUCCCUAUGCACAAGAGGGGGGGGGGGGGGGGGGGGGGGGGGCUACACGACAACAACCCCACCUCUUGCCCGGCACCCCAAGGAGGGAUCAUAGGGGUUUCACCACUUCUCACAUGGACCUAGUUAAAAAAGGGGGGGGGGGGGGGGGGGGGGGGGGGGGGGGGGGGGUGGGGGGGGGGGGGGGGGGGAAUCAAUCCCCCACACACCAAAUGAGAGAACACCACAUCCGAACGAAAAACUGUGAAAGGGUGGGGGGGGAAAAGAAAUAUAUAAACAAACAGAUCCGAGAAAAAAGAAGGUGA